AUGGAAGCAGAAACGUCUUGGACUAAUUAUCCGUAUAGCUACAUUACUACUUAUGUACCUGAAGUUGUAUCAUACUCUGAGCAGAGCGAUGAUGAGACCAAAGUCGAUACCUUUUCGAUGGAUUCGCUUCUUCCUGACGAUUUAUUAGAAAGAAUCCUCUCAUUUCUCCCCAUUGCAAGCAUCUUUAGAGCUAGUACUGUCUGCAAAAGAUGGAACGAGAUUGUGUCUUCUCGAAGGUUCUUGUGGAGUUUCUCGAACAAUUCGAUUCCUCAAAGACCUUGGUAUUUCAUGUUUACGAGCUCUGAUGAUCCCUCGGGUUAUGCUUACGAUCCGAUUAUUCGGAAAUGGUACAGUUUUGAUCUCCCUUGUAUCGAAACACCGAAUUGGUUUGUUGCUUCCUCUUGUGGAUUGGUUUGUUUUAUGGAUAAUGACUGCAGAAACAAGAUUUAUGUCUCGAAUCCGAUUACCAAACAAUGGAGGAGGCUUAUCGAGCCACCGGGUCACAAAUCGACAGAUUACACUGCAAUGUCUACCUCUGUGAACCGAGCAAACCAAGCGACCCGAGCAGGAAACCGAGGAAACCGGAGUUAUUCAGUGUCGAUAGUGAAAUCGAAGCAAGUUCCAGGGAAUUUCAUACAAUGGGAUCUCUCUAUUCAUGUCUACAGCUCUGAAACAAUGACUUGGACAACAUCUUUAACCGAUGUCUUAACCGGAUGGAGAGGAGGAAACGAGAGCGUGAUCUGCGAUGGUGUUCUAUACUUCUUGAUUUACUCAACUGGAGGCUCUGAUCAUCGCCACGGAUUGAUCGCUUCCGAUAUGAGAUCAUCGUCUAGCGGAAUCUUGAUGAGGAGUUUUAUCCCAAUGCCGUGUUCUUUAACCUGCGGAAGAUUGAUGAACCUAAAGGAGAGGCUCGUGAUUGUUGGAGGUAUCGGAAAACACGAUCGACCCGAUAUCAUAAAAGGGAUUGGGAUUUGGGUAUUGAAAGGAGGGAAAGAAUGGGAAGAAAUGGCAAGAAUGCCUCAGAGAUUCUUCCAAGGUUUCGGCGAAUUCGACGAUGUUUUUGCGAGUAGCGGUACCGAUGAUUUGGUUUACAUUCAAAGCUAUGGAUCUCCCGCGCUUUUGACAUUUGAUAUGAAUCUAAAGUAUUGGAAAUGGUCUCAGAAAUGUCCUGUUACUAAGAGAUUCCCACUUCAGCUCUUUACUGGGUUUUGCUUCGAGCCAAGACUCGAGAUUGCUCCAUAA